AUGAUCAGUCAGACUGUGCGGGACGGUGCCGUCUCUCCAACAGAUAAGAGGUUUUCCUGUACUGAGUGCGGGAAGUGUUUUCAUUUUAAAUCCGAUCUUAAUGCCCAUGAAAGGUCUCACAUUACGGAGAAGCUGUAUUCCUGUCCUGUGUGCGGGAAAUGUUUUUCAGACAAGUCUAAUUUUUACAGACAUCAGAGAUGGCACACAAGUGAGAAACUGCAUUCAUGUUCUGAGUGUGGGAAAUCUUUUGUACAAAAGUCGGAACUUGUUGUACAUCGGAGAUCCCACACAGGGGAGAAGCCAUAUUCUUGUCCUGAGUGUGGAAAAUGUUUUUCUGACAAAUCCAAUCUUUACAGACAUCAGAGAUUGCACACGGGUGAGAAGCCGUAUUCUUGCUCUGAGUGUGGGAAAAGUUUUGCACAAAAAUCUGAUCUUGUCACACAUCAAAGGUUUCACGCAGGGGAAAAACCAUAUUCAUGUUCCGAGUGCUGGAAACGUUUUGUAAAAAAGUCUGAUCUUAUCACACAUCAGAGGUCUCACACGGGGGAAAAACCAUAUUCAUGUUCUGAGUGCGGGAAAGGUUUUAUACAAAAAUCAGAUCUUGUCAUACAUCAGAGAUCUCACACGGGGGAUAAGCCGCAUUCCUGUCCUGAGUGCGGAAAAUGUUUUUCAGGUAAGUCACAUCUUUCCAGACAUCAGAAGUUGCACACGGGCGAGAAGCCGCAUUCCUGUUCUGAGUGCGGGAAACGUUUUGUGCAAAAAACAAACCUUGUCACUCAUCAAAAGUCUCACACUGGGGAAAGACCUCAUUCAUGUUCUGAGUGCGGGAAAGGUUUUGUAAAAAAAUCUGAACUUGUCGCACAUCAAAGUUCUCACACCGGCGAGAAGCCGUAUUCCUGUACUGAGUGCGGGAAAUGUUUUUCACAGAAGUCCCAUUGUUAUAGACAUCAGAAAUUGCAUACGGGGGAGAAGCCAUAUUCCUGCCCUGAGUGCGGGAAAUGUUUUUCACAAAAGUCCCAUCUUUCCAGACAUCAGAGAACUCACACAGGGAAGAAGCCAUAUUCCUGUUCUGCAUGUGGAAAAUGUUUUGCAAAGAAAGACCAUCUACACUCACAUCAGAGAAUGCACUCGGGUGAGAAGCCGUAUUUCUGUUCGGAGUGUGGGAAAUGUUUUUCCCAUAAGUCCAAUCUUACUGCACAUCAGAGAUUGCACACGGGGGAAAAGCCAUUUUCCUGCCCUGAGUGUGGGAAAUGUUAUACGCGGAAUUCUCUACUUGUUAUACAUCAGAGAUCUCACACCGGGGAGAGGCCAUUUUCCUGCCUUGAGUGCGGGAAAUGUUAUACACGGAGAUCAGAGCUUGAUACACAUCAGAGCUGUCAUACAGGGGAGAAGCCGUAUUUUUGCUCUGAGUGCGGGAAAUGUUAUCCACGGAAAUCAGAACUUGUUAUACAUCUAAGAUCUCACACUGGUGAGAAGCCGUAUCCCUGCCCCGAGUGCGGGAAAUGUUAUAAACGGAGAUCAUACCUUGUUACACAUCAGACCUGUCACACGGGGGUGAAGCCGUAUUCCUGCCCCGAGUGCGGGAAAUGUUAUAGACGGAAAUCAGGACUUGUUGUACAUCAAAUCUCUCACACAGGGAAGAAGCCGUAUUCCUGCCCCGAGUGUGGAAAAUGUUUUAUUCAGAGCUCAGAUCUUGCUAGACAUCAGAGGUCUCACACGGGAGAAAAGCCGUAUUCCUGUUCCGAUUGCGGGAAAUGUUUUUCACAGAAAUCAGAUAUUGCUAUACAUCAAAGAUCCCACACAGGCGAGAAGCCGUAUUCCUGCUCUGAGUGCGGGAAAUGUUAUCAACGAAAAUCAGACCUUGUCAUACAUCAAAGAUUUCACAGAGGGGAGAAGCCGUAUUGCUGCUCUAAGUGCGGCAAAUGUUAUCAACGGAGAUCAGAUUUUGUUAUACAUCGAAGAUCUCACACUGGGGGGAUGCCGUAUUUCCUGUCAAGUGCCGGAAAUUUACAGGAGUCUUGUUUUCCUAAACAUCAGAUAACCCAUACAACCCUCUAGGUGUAUUAGUGUCCUGCGUGCGGGAAAUGUCUUCUAUAUGGAUCAUAUUUUGCCGUAGAUCAGAGAUCUCACACUGGAAAGAAGCACACCUUGAUAUACACCUCAGAAAACACGUGGCUGAGCGCUCCUCUGAUCUUUAUCAUGGAAGAAACACUUUAUAAGGAAAU